AUGAUUAAUACAACUGAAAAAUAUAAACCAAAGUUAAAUAAAUAUACAAUGAUUAUUUUCAAUAAUCAAACAUAUCUUUAUGCUAUAACUAAAAUUCUUGAUAAUUAUCGUUAUUUACUUCAAAUGAGAUUUAAUCGACCAUUACCAUAUAAUAUUUGUUCUGUUUAUGACCAAGCUAAAUUAUUUCGGGAAUAUUUAACAUUUUCAAAUGAAUUUUAUGAUUAUUUUCAUAAUCAAUAUGAAAAUUUACAUAAAAUAUUAAGUUCAAUUGUUAAGCAAUAUAGUCAAUCAACAGAUUUAGGUGAAGAAAAAUUCGGCAAACUUUUCAAUUUAAUUCAAAAAUUCAUUAUAUUUUAA